UGGUUCGCAAGAUGUUCCGCUUCGCGACAAGUACCUUAGCUUGAUAUUUGGCAUGGUUGAGAAACGCAUUACCGCCAUUUUACACGCUCCGACCUUUACCCAAGCUUAUCAAAAUGGGGUUGUGAUCGACAGCGUCCAGAAUGUACUCGAGAUGUUUGACGGCCUUGCGCAAGCAUUUGAUGAAUCUGUACAAGAAUGUUCCUGAAGUACAGUUGCUCAUACUAGAGUUCUUUGCGGAUAUAUCCAGAUAUGCGGACUUUGAAUCAUUGGGUGAUAAGCGAAAAGAAUCGUUGUACAAUGUCAUUAUUGAAAUAUUCAAAGUGUAUGGAUUAUCCAGUAGUGGCAACACAAGAAUUUUGACCCAAGAAGAAGAAGCAGACCAACCGUAUGCAGAUAUUGUCGCUGCUCUGAAUAUCAUGUCCAACAUCAUGACAUCCGAGUUUGAAUCAUUCAGUAUGUUCUGAGUCUACUUUUUUUGUUUGUUCAACCGCGGAAGAGCAAUAUUUACUAACACGCCGUAUAUA